GGCCUGUUUGAAAUGCCGAUGAGAGUCAUUCAAAAUACACUGAGUAACAGAGAUUCUCAGCAAUUCUCGCGCUCGUCUUGCCGUCGUGUUCUAGUUGAAGUGGAAGAAGCGAAGGCGAAAGUGGCAUCUGUGAAAGCAUAGAUGUUGUUCUUGGCCAGUCGCAGAGAUCAUGUCCCAAGCGGAGUGGGCGAAUGUUCCAAGCGUUUCCACUCCACCAGACAGUAAUAUCACAGCGCUUGAACCUGCCAAUCAUACCACCACGGAAGAGGAUUACAAUACAACAACCGGACCGCUGACUGCGGUUCCCAUUGGCCCAAUAUACCCGCUUACGCCUUGCCUCUGGAUAUUGGUGAAGUUUAUCGGAAACACCUAUGUUGUACCGUGGGACAUAUUCCUGCUGGUGCCCAACGCCGUUGUCUUUCUGCUGCUUCUGCUGAGCGCACGUCGAUCAAUCGGCAUCCUACGCAAACUGUCCAGUCCUAUUGUGACUACGUUCUACAUCCUGGUAUGUCUGACAUGCUUCUUCAGCACUGUGCGCUGUAUUGUCAUCAUGUUUGUGAGUGGUUUCAACGCUUUACAUAACCAGAUCCUGUGGCUGGUGGUGCGUUUCUUUCAACUGGUCACUGAGCUGAGUGUGUUGAUCUUAGCUCUGAUAUACGGCCAAGCAGACAGUCGUACCGGUAUUCGCCGUGUGCUCAUCAUCACCAUCACACUCUCACUGCUCUACACCGUGUGUCAGUUUGUACUGGAGAAGAUGUUUCACAAGGUGUAUUUCGACCGAGACAUCUACCUGCACGGUGGUUUGAAAUUCACCCAGAUCAGCACUGCCACCUUCUCCGUAAUCUACUUUUUCGUCUCACUGCUGCCUUUCAUGCCCCUGCAGAGGUUCAAUCUUCUUCUACCCAAGAAACGCUCUUUCUACAUCUACUCCAUGAGCCUGUGCGUGCUGAACAUCCUGGGCUGUGUUGGCUCAUCGCUGGUUGAUGACUACAAUGAGCAGACAGGAUUCUGCUUUGUCAGCGUCACCAUGUUUGUGUACUUCAGCCUGUUCCCGCCGAUGAUCUACAUUGUCUUCUUGCAGCCGUUCUUAGGGGGCAGAACCAGUGAAGGCCAAGAAUCCAACAACGAGACGUCACGACUACUCAGCUGUAAUUACGGCGUUCAACCUCAGCUGAACUAUUCCAGUAGCUCCGUCGCUAACGCUCGUAAAGGUAUCAGCGUCUCGCAGAGCAGCACGAGUACACCUGUUGUCCGAUCGCCGUCGCAGGGAUCGCUCAUAGACUCCAGUUACCCUGGCCAAAGCGUCGCUGACGUCUUCAGUCCGCCGAACAUCUACAAGCAGCCGACGCGCAGUCUCAACGACGCUCGGCAUUACGACAGCUCGAGUGGCAACAGCGACAACGACGAGGCUGGCCCGCCACCAGCAGGCAUUGUGUGACACAUCCUGUGCAGACAGGGAAGCUCCGACUCCGCUGACUUCUAUCGCUAAGAGCUUGGCUGUACAGUACUUCAGUACAUACGCUAAACAGGCUGUUGCAGUGCUGCAAGGAAUGUUCGUAUCUCGGGACCUCCACUUCUAUCAUCGUUCAAUCCUAUAGACUACAUUCAGUAAGAGAUACCAGUAUGUGUGUGUGUGUGUGUGUGUGUGUGUGUGUGUGUGUGUGUGUGUGUGUGUGUGUGUGUGUGUGUGUGUGUGUGUGUGACAAAUCUCAUUCAGGUAAGGUCAACGUUUUGCUAAACCCUGUGAUUGCUGGACAUGGCCUCUAAGUGUGCCGCAGUGCGAAUUUGGACCGGGACAAGCAUGCGCUGCACGUACCAGGGUGCUCCUCCACGCUGAACUGGUGUCGCCAAGCCACGCACUGAGCCGGUGUGCCUAUGCCACGUGCUGAACCGCCGUCGGGAGAGUCUGAACCGCCGUCGGGAGAGUCUGAACCGCCGUCGGGAGAGUCAAGCCCAUUAAAGACUAGUGUACGACGGGCGGCGGAUUGGUGUUCUGAUCUGAUCUUGGCAUUCUCCGGACCAGAAGUACACCAGCACGCAUCUCUUCAUCUUUCAAGACAUGUAUGCUAAGUGUUGCUACAGCUCUGCCUGGUCAGGUAUUUUGACAGCUUGUGGGGCAAGGUGGCAGGACAAACUUCGAAGACCUCGUGAGCUGCCGAAAUAUUCUCUAACAAAAAUACGGUAGGGCUUGUCUAACUCGUACUGGUGUACUGGCUACGCGUUGCUGCUAACUAAGAACUAUUGCACUGGGUGUGUGUAUGCUACGCGGUGCUACAACUCUAACUUGGACUACUGCGCUGGCAGUCAGCAUGUGAAGAUCUGCAAGGAUGCGUUGUUAGUAAAGCCUGCAGCUGCUCUGCCGUUACCGUAACCACGGUUUCCGUGCUGUUGCCAUAAUGACGGUUUCUGUGCUGUUGCCAUGGUGACAAUUUUUGUUGUGUUGGCCACUGUACCUUGGCAACGCGGUACGUGCAGUGGCUGCUGGCUCGACAUCGCAACAAGGUCUCGGCCCUGGCUCCGUUUCUGCUCAGGAGGUGCAACGCAACACUGACUGCUCUCUUCCCGUGAGCCUCACCUCCUCUAGUCUUCCAAUUGCUUGUAUCUAGUCCUUUUUUAACCCGAUUACAUACUGGACUACUGCCUUUGGAUUUUUAGUUUCAACUUUUCUUGGCAGUGCAGUGUGUAAUGGCAUUUUAAUCGCCGACCUAUCUUUUUAACAUGCACCGCUGGGGUAUGGGCGUUGCUGGUAAGAACUGCCUGCUGCUUUUACAACGGAUUUUGUCCAGUAAAUGUAUGUGUGUUUGUAUAUUUUUAAAGUUUGUACUCAGGAAAGGGUGAGCAGUGUUUUAUGACUGUUACACCUUGCUGUAUGUGAGCAACAGUCUAUUGGCCUACAGUUUUUUACACACCGUAUCCGCUUUUAUCCAGUCCUCACAACUCAGUCAUAUUUUUCCUCUCAUGAUUAUUAUUUUUUCUUCCAGCAUACAGCUAUUACACACAUGUACACACUGUUGCCAGUUCUGUAUUAAUCCUAAGUGAAAACGCUUCAGAGAAUGCCUUAUUUUCGCCAGUACGGUCCUCUAAAUCUGCCUUUAUCAAGUCUUCAAUACUCAGUCAUAUUUUCUCUGCUGAUUUCUUCCGUCCUUUUACCAUUACGCUGACCAAACGUGCAUGCCCCUGGCUGUUUAGUUUUGCAUCCAACUGUCUGUGUCAUCAUCUUUUGGCUCCGUCUCUCUCUCUCUCUCUCUCUCUCUCUCUCUCUCUCUCUCUCUCUCUCUCUCUCUCUCUCUCUCUCUCUCUCUCUCUCUGAGAACUCCGUGGAAACCAGCUGUCUUCCGUUUUCCUGGGA